AAUUCCUCUUAUUCUUUAGGAUUCUUGUUUGGCCUUGUGAAGGAGUAAAUUAUCUCCUCCGUUUUCUGUUACAGCUUAAUUUGAAGUUUUUCCAUUUAAUCUUCCAAAUUUUUUUUAAAAAUGAUCUUUUUUGGUUUAUGUUUUAGUGGAGACAUCAACAAGCCUUGUCUUGACUGAAUGAACCCUGUACAUUUGUAGAUUGUGGUAAGUAUUAAAUAAAUUGAACUUAGGACCACAACUCAAUUGAUUCCAGAUUAGGCAAUGUCCCUUGUCUAAUGAAUGAUGGAACUGUCUGUUGAUCAUGGAACAUGUGUUUCUCAAAGUAUCUUGCUUAUCAUGCAAAAUUUCACAUUACCCUUGAACUUGCCAAACACAUGCAUUUACUCCGUACAAGCUUCUGCCUACAACUGGGUAUAACUAUGGCGUACCCAUUCUGCUUUCUGAUCUUAAGGGUCUCUCACGAAAAUUUUAUUUUAGUUAUGAUUGUAUCUGUUACUUGUUUAUUGAAUUUGUUUUCUAUUAAUCAGCUCUUUCGUUGUUGAUUAUGAAGUUUUCUUAAUCAAACGUGUCUUGUGUUGAAAACUUUUAUAAUAUGUUUACGGUAGACGUGAUCUUUGUAAUUAGAAUCAAUGGGUUUUCAUUGACUAUGUUUAGUAAGAGACUUAUUGACCUGAUCUUUGAAAAAAGGUAAUAAUAAAUGUUAAGCGUGAACUCUGAUCGUCAGACCUUUUCUCUACCAUAUACGAACAUGAUCUCCAUUUCUUUCUCCUUUUCAUUUUCUGGUAUUUUCUACAAAUGCUUAAUCAAGGCAGUGAGAGAUUUAUCAGUGCAGCACAAAGAACUAAUAUAUGAAUUAGUUUUUUUUUGGAUUAACUUAAUGUUAUCUGUGAUUAAAUUCAAUAGUGUGUCCUUUUUAGGAUAGUAUGUUGCUUGUAGGUAUAAAUAAUAGCGAGAAUACCAGGUAAUCCAUUGUUUUGUUAUUUUAAAUGUUUUUUGUUGUAUGCUUUUAGAAAUACGUGCUCUAGUUUAUAACUUAAUAUAAGCAAUAUAGUACAUCAUGUCUAUGUUCUUAGCAAUGUCUACAUGUUCUUUCUACGAUUGAAUGAUUUACUGUAAUGUCUACAUGUUAUUAUGCAUGCUUUACUUGACAGAUUAGGCGGAGGGGAACUUACCUCUGCAAUGGGUCUCAGACGUUCGGUUUUUAGGUAUACGUUAGAGUAUCUCAGGGUCCUUUUUUGGUUAAUCUAGAUUUUAGAUUCCAGUUCUUUUGUAUAUUUGAACUAGAAUUAUUUGAGCAAUCAAGGAAGUGUUUGAUCUGAUAAAUUCAGGAUGCUCUAGUGAGGUACUAGUUUUACCUUCCUGAUAUAAAGAAACGUCUAGUGUGCAAGCUCCCAACCUUUGGUAAGGGCAGAUGAAUGUGGCCUUACCUCUACAUUGCAGAGAGGUUGCUCUACAAUUUGAACUUGUCGUCCAUUGGUAGAGAUGCAAUCUUUCAACUGAGGUAGAGAGAGGCACAUGGAUUAAGUUGAACAAACUUAGUUCAAUUUAUGAAACAACAACAAAUAUUGAAUAUAUAUAUUGGAAAAAGCUCAUAGAACACAGUAAUCCGCUCAAUUAUUGUGAUUAUAUGCUCCAUAAAUCCAAUGGAAUGUGAAAUAAAGCAAAGGGCAUGAAUAUUUUGAUUGUUCAUUCGUCAUAUAGGGCAAAUAAUGUUUGACUUAGAGAUCUCGUUAUCAACCUUGGUAGAGAGCUGCACAUGUAUUUUAGUUGAGCAAACCUAGUUCAACUUAUCAGGUAACACUAUAGCAACUGUUGGACAAAACUCUUUAAAAUGUAUUCCACUCCGUUAUUGCCAGAAAACCAGUUUGAAUGUCAAAUAAAGGAAACAGAUAAAGAACUGAUUGUUCAUACUUCGUCUAUAGCAAAUAACAAGAGGAAAGAACAAGAGAUAAUUAGGGAACUGAUCAACAUGUACAGGGACAAAUGUAGCACAAAUUCAAAGUUGUGGAGGGUUCACCUUUAGAUGCUGCCCCUUUGAAAUUUGGUUUCUAAGUCUCGUAUUCUCGCUCUUAUAACUCCAGUAGUCUAACUUAUUCUCAUCUCUUUAAGCAUUUCAUAGCCCUACUUGGUCUUCCCUAAUCUAUUACCACCUACCAAUGCGAGAACCAUUUAUUUUAGUCAUUUUGGUUUUCUGUUUCUUACUUCCUUUGUCUCUAUCUUAUUUACUAGUCUUCAAGCAUUGAUUGCCUGUGCUUAGUUUGCUUCGCUUGUUUUUUCAUCAAUCUAUCAAAGUCGAACGGUGGUGGUUGAACAUCGGGAUUCACAAUCGAGAUUUACACUCACAUGUAAGUUGUAACGCUUAGUCAAAAAGAGGUUGCUUCUUGUCUUUAUUGCUUUGAUAUUCCCGCAUACUGUAUGCUUGCUUUCUUAGUUUUUUAUCAAAGUCGAACGGUGGUGGUUGAACAUCGGGAUUCACAAUCAAGUGUAAGUUGUAACGCUUAGCGAAAGACAGUAUGAUUCUUGUCUUUUUUGCUCUGAUAUUUGCUAUAAAUUCUCCUGGUUGCUAUUGUAUUCAUCACUCUCUAGGUGUUGGUCUCACUUGCUUGUUCAUUCAUUCAGACACGCUUUUCUCUUCCUAUCACACACUCACAAACCAAUUAAUGGAGAUGGAGGCAAAGAUGGUAGGAGCUUCCUUUCCUUUGAUUUUUGCAUUCAAUGCAGUGAAUAUGUCAAGAUCGAGUGGGGUUUUUUCUUUCCCACCCAGGCCAUAUUCAAUGUUUUCAUCCCUUUGUUUAAGCAAGCCAAAGAAGCUCGAUCAACAUCUACAUGUUUCUGAAAGCAUGGACGAACUGGAAAGGAAGAAACAGGUUGAUGAGAGGGGGAAUUUGACCCUGGAGAACAUCAGGCAUUCUUUGAUUGAACAGGAGGACAGCAUAAUCCUUAGCCUUUUAGAGAGAUCCCAAUACUGCUAUAAUGCAGACACAUAUAAUCCAAAUGCUUUCUCCAUGGUGGGGUUUAGUGGCUCUUUGGUCGAGUUCAUUGUCAGAGAAACGGAGAAGUUUCAUGCUCAGGCGGGCAGAUACAAAAACCCUGAUGAGCAUCCUUUUUUCCCUGAGGACUUACCUGAGCCAGUUUUGCCACCUAUGCAAUAUCCCCAGGUUCUCCAUCACGUUGCUGCUUCAAUUAAUUUAAAUAAUAAGGUGUGGGACAUGUAUUUUAAAGAUCUGAUCCCGCGAUUAGUAAAGGAAGGAGAUGAUGGCAAUUGUGGCUCCGCAGCAGUGUGUGACACUUUAUGCCUGCAGGCACUUUCUAGACGAGUUCACUACGGAGAGUUUGUGGCGGAAGCUAAAUUUUGCGCCUCCCCUGAUGCGUUCAAGGAAGCCAUCAUUGCGCAGGACAAAGAUCCAUUGAUGGCAAUGCUAACCUACCCGACAGUUGAAGAAGCUGUCAAAAGGAGGGUGGAGAUGAAAGCAAAGACUUUCGGGCAGGAGGUGACACUGCACUCUAAGGAACCUGGGACCGAACCGGUCUACAAAAUUAGUCCGAGACUGGUAGCAGAUCUUUAUGACAAAUGGAUCAUGCCCUUAACCAAGGAAGUGCAGGUGGAGUAUCUACUGAGAAGGUUAGACUAAAUUGUCACUGGCACUAUUGGGGUGGGGUAAUGAUGCGGGGGUUUGCAGGAAUCAAACAGUUCUUGAAUGUGUAGAAAUGAUCCUUGCUAGGCAAUUGAGAGUUGGAUUUGGAUAUGGAUUGGAUUUACAGUGAACCAUUAGAAUGGUAUUGUCUAGCACUGUGUCUGGGCUAAAAGCUGCUCAUGGUCCAUGCAUAUUGGGUUGGGUUAAUCAAUGUGGGUUUUCAUUGGGCUUCAAUUGUACUGUUACAAUACAAUAGUAACUGAUGUUCAUAUGUUAAUAUGUUAUAUUAUUUU